AUGCCUCGUCUAAACCCCAUGUUACUUUUCUUUUCUGCCGCCAUUAUAGGCACAGCCUGGAGUGCUCCCACAAACAAGACUCACUGUGGCAACGAUUUGUGCACCUGGUGGCAUGACACAGGUGAAAUCAACCAAAACACCCCUGUUCAACCUGGAAAUGUUCGCCAAUCUCAUCGAUAUUCCGUGCAUGUUAGCGUUGCUGGCCGUCAUGAUUUCCUUGAUUCCUUCGUCUAUGAGUCAAUUCCUCGCAAUGGCAACGGUAGGAUCUUUGCUCCCUCUGAUGCACCCAACAGCAACACGCUUGAUAGUUCGGUUGAUGAUGGGAUCUCCAUUGAGCCUAGUAUCGGGCUUAAUAUGGCAUGGACUCAAUUUGAGUAUGGUCGAGAUGUUGAUCUCAAGAUCACCACGAUUGAUGGUUCUUCCCUGGGGGCUCCAGAGGAUGUUAUCAUCCGACCUACUUCUAUCAAAUACUCCAUCUCUUCGUCAAAGGACAAAAACGGGGGUAUUCUCGUUCGGAUUCCCUACGAUAAGAACGGACGCAAGUUUUCCAUCGAGUUCAAAAAUGAUCUAUACACUUUCCGUUCUGAUGGAAAUCAAUACGUUUCUUCUGGAGGCGACGUUGUGGGCAUUGAACCUACCAAUGCGCUUGUCAUCUUUGCGAGUCCUUUCCUCCCCUCGGACACGAUUCCUGCAAUGAACUCCGGCAAUACUCAGACCAUGAAACCUGGCCCGAUUAAUAAUGGAGACUGGGGCUCCAAGCCCAUUCUUUAUUUUCCUCCUGGCGUCUACUACAUGAACGAGAAUACGAACGGCGCCUCUAGAAAAUUGGGCUCAAAUCAUAUGAUCCUCGAUCCAACGACCUACUGGGUAUACCUCGCUCCUGGCGCGUAUGUCAAAGGCGCUAUUGAGUACACCACGCAUGCAUCAAAGUUCUAUGCUACAGGACACGGUAUUCUUUCGGGGGAGCAGUAUGUCUACCAGGCGAAUGUAGACAAGGGCUAUACCAGCGUGAAGAGCGACCAAACCAGCCUGCGAAUGUGGGGGCAUAACAGUAUCCAGGGCGGCCAGACCUGGUUCUGUCAUGGUCCAACUCUCCAUGCGCCCCCCUUCAACACCAUGGAUUUCAAUGGUGAUGUGAACAGCAUCAGCAGCCGGAUCACUGAUUACAAACAAGUCGGCGCAUAUUUCUACCAAACUGACGGCCCGGAAAUCUAUCCUAAUAGCGUCGUCAAGGAUGUUUUCUGGCAUGUCAAUGAUGACGCUUUGAAGAUCUACUAUAGCGGGGCUUCAGUUUCCCGUGCAACCAUCUGGAAGUGUUUAAAUGAUCCCAUCAUCCAGAUGGGUUGGACUACUCGGAACAUCCAUGGUAUCACCAUCGACACACUGAACGUUAUUCACACUCGUUACAGAGAUUCCAACACCGUUGUUCCAACAGCUAUCAUUGGCGCAUCUCCUUUCUAUAUGGGCGGAAUGACCCCGGAUCCAAAUCAGUCGAUCGGUCUCACAGUCUCAAACCUGAUCUGUGAAGGACUGUGUCCAUCGCUAGUCCGAAUUACCCCUCUCCAAAGUUAUAAGAAUCUUGUCGUAGAGAAUGCUGCGUUCCCGGAUGGCCUGUUGAAGAAUUCCAUUGGAACCGGCCAGAGUAUCAUCCCGGCAGUUUCUAGGAUGGAGAUGGACAUGAAGAUAACGAAUUGGACUGUGGGAGGGGAGAAGGUCACUAUGGAGAAUUUCCAAUCUGACAGUCUUGGCCAACUGAAUAUUGAUGUCAGUUAUUGGGGGCAGUGGAGUAUUUCUUGA